AUGUUCAAGCCAAGAAUUAAAAUAGUUGGUUAUCGUUCGGAGGAAAAAAUUACCGAAAGAGAAGGACAAGAAGAAAUUAUAAAACAAAAUCACUUUGUGGCUAACGGAGAUAUAUCCAUUACUCAUAUUAAUUAUGUUGCCCACAAAAAUUUUACAUUAUUUUUGCUGAAACUUCCCUCGUCACUGGACAUUAUGGCGUAGGAAACUGUAGCCGUGAAUUCUAUAUCGGUGCCUGCAGUUGAAAGAGGAGUUUUAAAGCGGACAAAGCCCGAUCUUCUACUACACGCCACUAGGUGGCACGACAAUUAUUA